AUGGCAUCCACUGGGUCCCAAUCUGAUUCCUCUGUUAGUCAAGCUCGCCGAGAACACGUUGUUGGUCCGGGCGUCGAUGCUCUGCUUCCUCUUCAAGCUCCACCUGCUGCAGUCCCAGCUCCUGUCGUGCCCAUGGUUCAAGCUCCAGUCGCCCCAUUGCUUGCUCCGAUUACAAUCCGCCCCAACCGGGAAAAUUACCCAUACUGGCGAUCCCAAGUGAUACCAGCCGUGAGAGCCCACGAGUGCAAUGGAUUUCUCUUUGGCACAAGACCGUGCCCUCCUCAAUACCUUGACCCUCCUGCAGAUCCGAAUCCCCUUCUACCUAGACAGGUAAACCCUCAAUUCACUCUUUGGAUUCGAACUGACCAAGCAAUUUUGAGUUGGUUGCUGAACUCUAUUUCAGAAGCCAUGAUGGGUCAUGUGCUUCGCUGUCAGUUCUCUCGUGAUGUGUGGGUUCUUCUUGAGAGUUUGUUCACCACUCAGUCCAGGGCUCGUAUACUUCAGCUUCGUUUUCAAUUACAAUCUCUCAAAAAUGGAUCUCUCUCUAUCCAUGACUAUAUUCUUAAAAUGAAAACCAUUGCUGAUGGUCUCACUGCUGCAGGUCAAGUUUUCAGUGAUGAUGAUCUAAUUUUAUAUAUUCUCGGUGGUCUUGGACCAGAAUACGACUCUGUUGUUAUCAAUCUUACUUCCAGGGGUGAUCGUUUAACUUUGUCUGAGGUUCAGUUUCUCCUUCAGAGUCAAUAA